AUGCCACGUAUCGAUGCUAACCCGCAUGAACAGGUCGCGCCCAAUUUUUCAGGGGCAGCCUUCGCAGCCUGCAGGCGGUCCAUGAGCAACCAGGAUGGCCUGACGGACGAGCAAGCAGCACAAGCCCUUUUAGACGCCUGGACCAACGACAUCAAUCAAGAAAAGGCGGCGUGGGAUCGUCAGGUCGAAGAGGACCGGGAAGCCGCGCGGCUUGCGGAGAAAGAGAGGUUGGAGCGCGAAGCAGCGGAGAAAGCCGAAGAGGAGAAGGAGGCCGCAAAGAGUCGGCCCAAGGUCCCGAUUCACAUCAAGGACCGCAUGGUCGGCCACGAGUCCGCCCCAUCAACCGACGACAAGGCCCUCAAGAAACUCCGAGCCUACAAGUACAUUGAGUUGUGGUUCUUCAGAGCCGAGGGGCGGCGCAGAGCCACGGAGGACGCACUAUCGAGCGGAGAUGACACCCUGUAUCUGGCCCGGGACGGCGACGGGGUAGCGCUGCGACAGGCCGCACCCAGCCGAAUAGCGAAGCACUGCAUUCCGGACCGAGAGCUCACGUGGAGAGAGUUCUCUAUCGCGAAGACAGGGCUCCUCGAGGACAUGGCCCGGGUCGGAUGGCCGAAAGCAAUAGUGCAAGACUUCGUCGACUUCUUCUUCGCAAUCGACAACCAUCCGAGUCGCUUCGAGGGUCCGCACGGAGACCCAUGCCUUCUCCUCUAUCAGGAGGAGGUUCGGAAGCUCUGGCACCUCGACUACGAGCGUAAUCCCGCUGAGAUCUUCAACCCAGCGAUCUUCAACAACGAGCGGUUGCAGCGGAUAACGCGGAAAUAUCUGAACGUGCAAGCCAGCGAAGCUAACUACGCGUGCGCCAUAAGUUCCUGUGACUGUGAACACCCGCGCUGA